GCUGUAUGACACACUUUGCGAAAAGAAUGGCGUUUUUAUGCUCCUUACGUUUUCCAUUUAGUAGUUUUAUCUCUAAUUGUACUUCAGACCUUUUUUUUAAUAACGACAAAACCCUUUAAAUAAAAAAUUGUAUAUAGUGGUUAUUUAAUAAGAUAUCGUACAAAACAUUGGAUCCAAAUGCAGGGAACGCUUGAACAAUGAUUUUGAGGAGGAAAUAUUAUAUUUUUUAAAUUGGCGUUCAAAAUCCCAGAUACACGUACAUGAAAACCCUAGUAUCUUUAUCGUGCCUAAAGACUCGGUUUAUGCUAUCUCGUACGACCUCCAUUACAUACAGCGUGAUAAGUUUUACACAUAGGGGAAAUGUUAUCUCUUGUUGAUUGUUAUGGCUUUGAUAUACAAGAACAACAUAUAUAAUAUAGGGGUACAGUGUAUGAAUUAUAAUUGCAGCUAAUUUUUACAGCUUUUCAUUUGGAAAUGCUUCUUCUAUUGCAAUUAAUACUAGACAUUAUUUCCAAAACAUCCAGACUUAAUUAUCAUUAUCCAGACGCUUAAAAACAAGGCAAACCCCAUCUUGAUUAUGAGUGCAGUCCCAAUUCAUACACAGUUACUACUCUCGAAUGUAUGAUAUCUCAUGAUUCCACGUUAUAAAAAUAAGAUUCAUACGAUCUCACUUACCAAUCUUAGACAAUAAUUUAGAAAAGAGUUAUGUCAGAGGCUGGAGAGUAAGAGAAGCAACGAAUUGGAUUAAUUGAUACACCAAAUAAUUUCAUGUUAUUUCAUGAUUAUAUUAAAGGAGUUUAAUUAAUGCUAUCGUAUGCUAUGAUAGUGUUUGACCUAAAUUUUAAACGUACAACAUUUGAUUUACAAGCCAAUGACAAAUUCCAAAAUUUUAAUCUAAUUUAUUAUAAAUGUAAUAAGUUCAAUUAAUGCUUUAAUUUGAUAGAAAUUGCAGUGCUGUCUUGCUAUGUUUUAAUCAGUCUUCAAAAGAUGGACGAACUUACAACUUAUGAAUGCUGCACAAUGAGUAUAAAAAUAAAAUUCCCUUUAUGCACAUCACGGGAAGAAAAUAGGGAGGAGCCACAUCUGUUAACAAGUGUCAAUCUAAAUUACGUGAAAAGGCGAGUCAUAGCUUCGUAUUUAAUGGGAACGCACUUACCGAUAACUGUUGGUGACUUCAAAGAUCUCAUACCGGGAUCAACAACCAAGACUGAUUUUAGUUCUACAUAUCUCGGCAGUUUGAACAGUUACUGUAACAGAAUGAAAGCCAUUUGCUGCUUAGCUGCCAUCGUCUGCAUCGUUCCAAUACUACGUGUGGCACUUGUAGAAACGGGUACGCCUUGUCAGCCGGGACCUCUUAUGUCUUUUAAGCCUGAAAGGGUUACGGGAACGUGGUAUGCUACUAACCUUUACUGGCCAUUCGACACUACUGAGUAUUGGCGGGAUUACACCAACACCUUCACUCUUCAUCCUAAUGGAAACAUGACUUGGCGUUUCGAUCUUAGAUGGAUGUUCACUAACUUUUCUGAGUGUGACGGCUGGUUCCGUGAGCUAGUGCCUGACCCUGAUUUCAACGGCAAAUACGACUGGAUACACAACGGAUCACACUACGACUCCCUGUACUUUGCGUUCAACCUCGCUAACCUUAUUUAAAUGGAGAGCCCUUUGCAAUGAUGGACACAACCUCCAAUACCUUGCCCAGCAUAAUGCUGCCAGGAUGAAGCAGAUAUACUGAGUAACAUUCAGUGAACCAACCCUUUGAUCUUUGUCAGUCAAUAGCUUUGAUCACAAAUGGAUGUUACAUUAUUUCUGAAUAUACCAGUAAUAU